AUGGCAGCUGCUUUACUGUCAUUGAUAGCGCUUAGCAGCACCGUUCCGCUAACAACAGCAUUCGUCCCUAUACCACCAUCAACAACGUAUUCCCUCUCUUAUGAUUAUUCAGGUCAAAAUUUCUUCAAUAACUUCCAGUUCUUUAGCGAUGCAGAUCCAACAAAGGGCCACGUUGAUUAUGUUGACAUGGCAACUGCCAAUUCUCUUGGUCUAGCAGGGUUUCUCAAGGGCCUCGACACUAAUGCGACAGCUAACUCGACCGGGCCAAUAUACCUAGGAGUCGAUUACACCACCAAUAUUGCCAAUAGCACAGACUCGAGAGGCCGCAAGUCGGUACGUGUGAGCAGUGUACAGAAAUUCAACCAAGCUCUUAUCAUCGCCGACGUUCUGCAUAUGCCUGCUCCUGUAUGUGGGACAUGGCCUGCAUACUGGCUGCUGGGUAGUGGUGCGAUCUGGCCCGAAGCUGGUGAAAUCGAUAUUCUCGAGAACGUGAACGAUGCCACUUCCAACAAGUAUACGUUGCACACAAGCACUGGCAUAGUUACGGCAAACCACACAGGGACCGGUAUGAAAGGCCGUCUCUCAACAUCGAACUGCGAUGUCAAUGCUCCAGGACAGGACAAGAACGUCGGGUGCUCAACCUUUGAAGCAGCAUGCAUCAAAAGCUACGGCGACGCCCUCAACGACAAUAACGGCGGCGUAUUCGCGACACUGAUCGACGAACUCGGCAUACGGAUGUGGUUCUUCGAGCGAUCCGCCAUCCCUGCAGACAUCACCGCUGGACGACCAAGCCCACCACACCAUUCUCAACCCACCGGAUCAAAAGGCAACGAAACAUCUGCAACAAUCCUGAACAUGGACACCGGUGUCCUCACAAACAGCACUUGGGGCCUGCCCAACGCGCGCUUUGAUUCACCAGAUAACGGGCCAGGCGCCAUACAGAAACACUUCAGGGACAUGCAGAUCAUCAUCAAUACCGCUUUCUGUGGUGAUUGGGCGGGUAGUGUAUGGGACAAUAAUCCGACGUGUAAGAGUUUAGCACCGACGUGUAAGGAGUAUGUUAGUGCGCAUCCGGAAGCGUUUGAGGAUGUGUAUUGGGCGUUCAAUGGGAUUAGAGUUUAUGAGCCUGUGCGAGGGCUUGGGACGGUGCCGUUUCCUGAUAGUCCGAUGGGUAAUGGGACGAUAACAGGCUAG